GCGAUCUCGCGAGGGUUGAGAGCGGGUGGCGUAGGUCGCUGUCCCGGUGGUUGGAGAAGCUAAUCUACCCCCGGAGAGGAGAAGGCGCCGGGAGGCCUCCGAGUACCUUUCGCUUUCCUUUCCCCUUCCCUCAGCCCUCCGCCUCCUCCGACAGCCCGCCCUCCCUGACCUCCGUGACCCCGCCGGCCCCGCCCACCCUCGUCGACGUGAUUCCCGCCGUGAAGUAAACGCCGGUGGAGCGGAGCGGAGUCCCGCGGAAGAGGCCGCCGGGGAGAGCGGCGCGGCUGGGCCGGCUCGGGUCGGUGGCGGAGCCGCUGCGCGUGAGAGCUUCCGUGCGGGGUCUCGCUCCUCGGGCGGCCCGGACGCCAGAGCCGCGCAGGCAGGCCCAGGCCGCUUCCCUCCGCGCCGCGCCUGCCCGUGGCCGCGGCGGGUGACGCAGCCGGAACAUGUCGUCCGCGGCCGAGCCUCCGCCGCCCCCGCCUCCCGAGAGCGCGCCUUCCAAGGCCGCGGCCGCGGGCGCCGGCGGGAGCAGCAGCGGCAACAAAGGCGGCCCCGAGGGCGGCGCGGCGCCGGCGGCUCCGUGUGCGGCGGGCGCGGGCCCCGCGGACGGCGAGAUGGAGGAAGUAUUUGAUGAUGCUUCACCUGGAAAGCAAAAAGAAAUCCAAGAACCAGAUCCUACAUAUGAAGAAAAAAUGCAAACUGACCGAGCAAAUAGAUUUGAGUAUUUAUUAAAGCAGACAGAGCUGUUUGCACAUUUCAUUCAGCCUGCUGCUCAAAAGACUCCAACCUCACCCUUGAAGAUGAAACCAGGGCGCCCACGGGUAAAAAAGGAUGAAAAACAGAAUUUGCUCUCUGUUGGCGACUACCGACACCGUAGAACAGAGCAAGAGGAGGAUGAAGAGCUUUUAACAGAAAGCUCCAAAGCAACCAAUGUCUGUACUCGAUUUGAAGAUUCUCCGUCAUAUGUAAAAUGGGGUAAAUUGAGAGAUUAUCAGGUCCGAGGGUUGAAUUGGCUCAUCUCUCUGUAUGAAAAUGGCAUCAAUGGUAUCCUUGCGGAUGAAAUGGGUUUGGGAAAGACACUUCAAACAAUUUCUCUCCUUGGGUACAUGAAACACUAUAGAAAUAUUCCUGGUCCUCACAUGGUUUUGGUUCCCAAGUCUACAUUGCACAACUGGAUGAGUGAAUUCAAGAGAUGGGUACCAACACUUAGAUCUGUUUGCUUGAUAGGAGAUAAAGAGCAAAGAGCUGCAUUUGUCAGGGAUGUUUUAUUACCAGGAGAGUGGGAUGUGUGUGUCACAUCUUAUGAAAUGCUUAUUAAAGAGAAGUCUGUGUUCAAAAAAUUUAACUGGAGGUACUUAGUUAUAGAUGAAGCCCACAGGAUAAAAAAUGAAAAGUCUAAGUUGUCAGAAAUAGUGAGGGAAUUCAAGACUACAAAUCGACUGUUGCUAACUGGGACGCCUCUUCAGAACAACUUGCACGAGCUCUGGUCACUUCUAAAUUUUUUGUUACCAGAUGUGUUUAAUUCAGCUGAUGACUUUGAUUCUUGGUUUGAUACAAACAAUUGCCUUGGGGAUCAAAAGCUAGUUGAGAGGCUUCAUAUGGUUUUGCGUCCAUUCCUCCUUCGUCGAAUUAAAGCUGAUGUUGAAAAGAGUUUGCCUCCAAAAAAAGAAGUAAAAAUCUAUGUGGGUCUUAGCAAAAUGCAAAGGGAGUGGUAUACUCGGAUAUUAAUGAAGGAUAUAGACAUAUUAAACUCAGCAGGGAAGAUGGACAAAAUGAGGUUAUUGAACAUUCUGAUGCAGUUGAGGAAAUGCUGCAAUCAUCCGUAUCUCUUCGAUGGAGCUGAACCUGGUCCACCUUACACAACAGAUAUGCAUCUAGUUACCAACAGUGGCAAAAUGGUGGUAUUAGACAAGCUGCUCCCUAAAUUAAAAGAGCAAGGUUCAAGAGUACUCAUCUUCAGUCAGAUGACAAGGGUGUUAGACAUUUUGGAAGAUUAUUGCAUGUGGAGAAAUUAUGAGUACUGCAGAUUGGAUGGGCAGACACCCCAUGAUGAGAGACAGGACUCCAUCAAUGCAUACAAUGAGCCAAAUAGCACGAAGUUUGUUUUUAUGCUAAGCACACGUGCUGGUGGUCUGGGCAUCAAUCUUGCAACUGCUGAUGUAGUAAUUUUAUAUGAUUCGGAUUGGAAUCCCCAAGUAGAUCUUCAGGCUAUGGACCGAGCACAUAGAAUUGGACAGACAAAGACUGUUCGAGUGUUUCGUUUUAUAACUGAUAACACUGUAGAAGAAAGAAUAGUAGAACGUGCCGAGAUGAAGCUCAGACUGGAUUCGAUAGUCAUUCAACAAGGGAGGCUUGUAGAUCAGAACCUGAACAAAAUUGGGAAAGAUGAAAUGCUUCAAAUGAUUCGACAUGGGGCCACACAUGUGUUUGCAUCAAAAGAAAGUGAAAUCACUGAUGAGGAUAUUGAUGGUAUUUUGGAAAGAGGUGCAAAGAAGACUGCAGAGAUGAAUGAAAAGCUCUCCAAGAUGGGUGAAAGCUCACUUAGAAACUUUACAAUGGAUACAGAGUCCAGUGUUUAUAACUUUGAAGGGGAAGACUACAGAGAGAAACAGAAGAUUGCAUUCACAGAGUGGAUCGAACCACCGAAACGAGAAAGGAAAGCCAACUAUGCUGUUGACGCCUAUUUCAGGGAGGCUCUCCGUGUGAGUGAGCCGAAAGCUCCCAAGGCACCUCGACCUCCAAAACAACCAAAUGUUCAGGAUUUCCAGUUCUUUCCUCCACGUUUAUUUGAAUUGCUGGAAAAAGAAAUCCUGUAUUACAGGAAAACUAUUGGGUACAAGGUGCCUCGGAGUCCUGACCUACCCAACGCGGCACAGGCACAGAAAGAAGAGCAACUUAAAAUUGAUGAAGCAGAACCCCUGAAUGAUGAGGAGCUGGAGGAGAAGGAAAAGCUUCUUACCCAGGGGUUUACUAAUUGGAAUAAGAGAGAUUUUAACCAGUUUAUCAAAGCCAAUGAGAAGUGGGGUCGUGAUGAUAUUGAAAAUAUAGCCAGAGAAGUAGAAGGGAAGACUCCAGAAGAAGUCAUUGAAUACUCAGCUGUGUUCUGGGAAAGAUGUAAUGAGCUCCAGGACAUUGAGAAGAUUAUGGCUCAGAUUGAAAGGGGAGAGGCAAGAAUUCAGAGAAGAAUAAGUAUCAAGAAAGCACUGGAUACAAAGAUUGGACGGUACAAAGCACCCUUUCAUCAGCUAAGAAUAUCAUAUGGUACUAACAAAGGAAAAAACUACACUGAAGAAGAGGAUCGAUUUCUCAUCUGUAUGCUGCACAAGCUUGGAUUUGACAAGGAAAAUGUUUAUGAUGAGUUACGACAAUGCAUUCGCAACUCCCCUCAGUUCAGAUUUGACUGGUUUCUCAAGUCCAGAACUGCAAUGGAGCUCCAGAGGAGGUGUAAUACCUUAAUUACUUUGAUCGAAAGAGAAAAUAUGGAACUAGAAGAAAAGGAGAAGGCAGAGAAAAAGAAAAGAGGACCAAAGCCUUCAACACAGAAACGUAAAAUGGAUGGUGCCCCCGAUGGUCGAGGAAGAAAAAAGAAGCUGAAACUAUGAACACAUAUUUGUCUUAUAAUCACUAAACUAGUAGUUCUUUAAUUUACGGGUCUUCAUAAGAUGUGCUGUACAGUGCUCAACUGUUAUGUCAUUCAAAGACAUCAGCUCCAUCUGCUUACUGAGCUAGAAACAUAGGAUGUAGUUUCACUUUUUUAAAUGCAACAGCUGUGCUGAAAUUUUUUUUAUCAUUAACACUUGAAGUAAUAAAACAGGCUUCAUUUAUUAAUAAAUGUUUCAUUUGAUUUAUUUUUCUAUUAGUUUCAUUUGUAAGAAUUGUGGCUUUUUAUUGGCUACGACUUUAACACUUGUAUGGCUUAAAAACUAAGCAAACAAGUAAAAAAAAAAUUACAAAGAACAUUUGUCCCUUCAUCUCCAUUUAGUUGUGUAAUUCACAUUCUUUGCCUCUAAUGAUUUUUUUUUUUUUUUUUGUAGUACUAUUGAGUCUCAUCUGGAAAGAUUGUGUAAAUUGCAUUCUUGCUUAUUAUAGAUGGGGGAAGGCAAGACAAGUUAAAAUGAUUUCUAUGCAUAUUUCUAUUUCACUUUCUGUUCCUAUGGUUCUGAGGUGAAUGUGCCCUGGUCUGUUGGAUGAAUGACCUUUUUAGUUGUAUAGCCAAAGACAUUUAGUAUUUUCUGGUUCUUGAAGGUGGUGUAUUAUUUUGUAGCAGGAUUUUUUUUUAAAGUAUUUGGUAAAUAUUUUGACAAAUGGCCUGCAGCAGCCACAACUUAGAUAAUGUCAGAAGUAAGGUGAUUUUUUUUUCUUUUAAAUUUGAAUGACCCAGCCAAAAAUGAGGUGUGAAUCUGUCAUGUUGUUACAAUACUAAUAGAAUGUACCCUCUCAGUUUAUAGUAUUUUUGAGUUUUUAGAGUAAAUGAAAAUUUUAUUUUAUUAUAUUUUAAAAUAACUUCUAAGUCUUAGUAGCAAGAUGGAGUGUAAUUCCAGUUUUUAUUUUCUAUGGAAUAGACUUGCUAACUGGAGACCCUGAAGCAGGAAUACCCAGAGGCCUUUAUGUGCUACACAUCAUUUGUAUAAAGUUUUAUAUGUGCAAAUUGGGUACAUAAGCAGUUCUCCAUUUUUCUAAGGGAAUGCAAUAAAUGUAGCAUCGUGAAUAAAUAUAACUUUUAUAAUCCUUAAA